CCAAGAAACGAAUAGCCAACAAUUAUUUUGCAGAACACCAAUUUUAGCAUUUACUGUGCCGAUGUUAAAUUGUCGUGUGUUGAUUAGUAAUUGGGUGAACGAGGAGAAGCCACUCGAAAAAUAAAUUGAGAAGGGGAUGUAUGCUGACAUCGGGCAACCCGUUGGUUAAUUGCCCCUCGAGCUUGAUAACGAGGUUAUGAAUCACGCCUCCCAUGCUUCAGCGCGUACACUUCUUCUGGUGACUUGGCGCUUGUAGCCGCGUCACGCGUGUGGUGCGUGGGCCACCGACAAGCUAAGGACACCGGUGGCAUGUCCGGGGAGAUGAACACUGCGUGAACCGGGAUGAGUGACCGAGCCGAGAUGAGAGGGCCCGGAGCCCGACAAAGGAGGACGACUAUUACUGGCAGCGUCAAGCAGCAAGCCAACGGCGGCAAGUCGCACACUAGCGCCGUUGGGGACAAAUCAAUGCCGUAUCCUGGGAGGAAGACCGAGGUAACGGCCAGGCGUCUUAAUAACAACGACGGAAAGGCGGCUAGAGAACUGGGCCAGCAAUCUGCAGAUAAAAACAGCACGCCGGUUAGUCCAGUGGACGAAAUAAGCGAGGGACUCAGCUGCCAUGUCCAGCAGGAGUCCCUUCUCAGCUCUGCCAGUGGCUUUAGUAACUACAGAGGAAUCCUCAACUGGUGUGUUGUCAUGCUGGUGCUGAGUAAUGCACGCCUCUUCCUGGAGAACAUAAUAAAGUAUGGUAUUCUGGUAGACCCCAUACAGGUGGUGUCCCUCUUCUUGAAAGACCCUUAUAGCUGGCCAGCUGCCUGCCUCAUUAUUGUUUCCAACGUUUUCAUAUUGGCAGCUUUGUAUACAGAAAGACGUCUCGCUGUGGGAACUGUGUCCGAAACCAUCGGCUUGAUUCUUCACAUAUUCAACCUGACCUCACUACUGAUUUUUCCUUCCGCAACUGUCCUCUCUGUCACCUCUAUUACCCCUGUGGGAGGAAUUCUUUCCUUGGGAAUUUACACAGUGCUGUUCCUCAAGCUGUACUCCUACCAGGACACCAACAGGUGGUGCCGCGAGAUCAGACAAGCCAAAGCCAAGAGACUGACCCGCUCCUACUCAUGCCCAUCUGUGGCUCAGUCCAAUGGAUCAGCAGUGCACACAAACGUGUCCUACCCUGGGAAUCUCACACACAGAGACAUGUACUACUUUGUGUUUGCCCCGACACUCUGCUACCAGCUGAACUUCCCACGCUCGCCCCGGAUACGCAAGCGCUUCCUCCUCAGGAGACUCUUUGAAAUGUUGUUUUUCAUGCAACUGCUGGUGGGGCUAAUACAGCAGUGGAUGGUUCCAACAAUACAAAACUCAAUGAAGCCGUUCCAGGAAAUGAACUUUUCUCGAAUGGUGGAACGUCUGCUAAAGUUGGCAGUCCCCAACCAUUUAAUCUGGUUAAUCUUCUUCUAUUGGUUCUUCCACUCGUCCAUGAAUUUCGUGGCUGAGCUGCUGCAAUUCGGGGACCGGGAGUUCUACAGAGACUGGUGGAACUCUGAGAGCGUCACCUACUUCUGGGCCAAUUGGAACAUCCCAGUUCACAAGUGGUGCCUGAGACAUUUCUACAAGCCGAUGUUGAGGAGAGGUGUCAACAAACUAGUUGCUCAAAGCGCCGUCUUCCUGUUGUCUGCCUUUUUCCACGAGUAUUUGGUGAGCGUCCCGCUGAAGAUGUUCCGACUCUGGGCCUUUAUGGGCAUGAUGGCUCAGGUUCCUCUUGCUUGGUUCGUCGGGCGCUUCCUGAACGGUAUCUACGGCAACGCGGCUGUUUGGAUGUCGCUCAUCAUCGGCCAACCUGUGGCCGUGCUGAUGUACGUGCAUGACUACUACAUCCUGCACUAUAGCACAUAACAUGGAAGGACCAAACCGAUUCGAAGUUGUUGUUUUUUUCUUUCAAAUGAGUGGCCAAAGAUUGGGGGACAUGAAGCAAAACGUUUUCUCAACUAGCAAUGCAAGGUUCAAAGUAAACUGUGUAAUAAUACAUGACUUCUCUAUGUUUUUUUGCCUUUCUAGUUUUGUGUAAAACAUGCAAUAACAUGCUAUCCUUUGUUUCAUUGAUUUGCGUGGUGGUUGAACAACCAGCGAUAGCUUCAGCACUUUAAAGAGAUGCAUGCACUCAACUUGAACUAUAUUUCUAUAAAUGUUUGUAUUUUUGUCCUCCGCUUAAAACAAUUAAACCAGUUUUCCCCCAACCUUUACGCCAAAGCACAUAUUUGACAUUAGAAAGUAUAUAGUGUUCUGGCAAUACAUAGUUGAACAAAGAUUAUUUAUAAUGAUUUUUUUUUUUUUUACAUGGUUGGUGAAAUCAGAUUAUUUUGGCACUGGUUGGGAUGAACUGAAAUGAGUUGCUUUAUAUUAAUUUUUUUGUCCAAAUGAAUAACUGGUGGCACUGUCCUUUAAUCUGAAACAUUUCAGGGAACGUUGUGUGAAAUAAUAAAGAAGCAGGGCUGGUAUUCAUUUAUAAUAAAAGAAAGUGCCUGCUUGUUUUACAGUUGAAAAGAGGCCAAAUAAUUUGUACAUUUGGUUCACCAAUGGAGAUUUAAUAGCCAUUUGUGAAGUAUUUCAUAAAAUAUGCACGAAAAGAUGUAGCUUGUUAAACUGCCUUUUAAAAACAAACAUGUCAGUUGAAUGUUUUGUGUAUUCAAUUCAAAUUAAAAUGUUUUGGUAAUGUAAA